CUGCUAUACUGUGCUGUGUGUCUCCUCAGCGUUCAUUCACUAGAAGAUGGCGGACUGCGCUCCACUAUUAGAUGAGGAACUCUCGUCCUUCGUCUUCAAUUACCUGACAGAGAACCCCGGCAGCCAGUAUGGGGAGGAGGAAGAGGUGUGCUCGGAUCGCCUGGACACCGACUUCCCGGACAUCGACCUUUCUCAGCUGGACACCAGCGAUUUUGACAGCGUCAACUGUCUCGGCGAGCUGCAGUGGUGCAGCGACCAGGCGGUGGAUGCCUCGCCCGCCUCCAUUCACUACAGCACCACUGACGAGCUCUUUGAGAUAGAAGAGGAGAAUGCGGCCCUGCUCGCCGCUCUCACUGACAGCCUGGACGGCAUGGUGGAUGCCGAAGUGGGCGGGCUCUCUGUUUUCCCCGCCUUGGGGGAGGAGCAAGAGCAAGACGAGGAAGACAAGGACCGUCUUUCUCUGAACGCAGACGACUUCGGACGCUCACCAGGCCCAGAAACGGAGGGCCCUUCUCUCCUGGAGAAACUCCUGCUGACUCCGCCUAACGUGCCUGCGGGCAAAGACGGGCAUCGCUAUAGUAACAGAGGAUUGCACCAGCGACCUGUGCGACCUCAGGUAAAGAUGGACCUCUCUCAGGAGCGAAAACCCAGAGCGGUGCGGCCGGCGAGCCGCCUGUGCACCGAGCUCCACCGCCACCUCACCACCGGCCGCAACGCCGAGGAGCCCCGAGCGGCCGACACGGAGGACGAUGAGGAUGAGGACAGCGAAUCAGAGGAGGAUGACGAAGAGGAAGAGGAGUCUUCCGGCAGCGAGGCGGAAGGUGUCGCCACCCCCGCCGAGCCGGCCAAACCGGCCAAACCUCAGUUCAGCUCUGAGAAAGAACUCCAUUCUGUGGUGGCGCUGAUCACCUACAUGCACACAUACUGCAUGCCCGCACGCAAGCAGCAGGGUCUGGAGCGCAAGGACCCGCCCAGGCCUCGGACUCGACCUGACGCCCCCCGCCCACCUGUCACAAACUCUCACAACCGUGUGGUCAUGGUGGCCUCCCCGGCGAAUAGCGGGGUUGUCAUCGUGUCAGGGGGCGCCGCCAGGAGGCUUCCCUUUGUGACGCGGCGGGAGGUGAAGACCAACUCGCUUCUCCGUGAUCUCCUGCAGCAGAGCAGCUCCUUUGACGUAAGCAAGCCUUACAGACUGCACAGCCCGCCGUACACCCGAGGAGGAGGAGCCCAUGCCCACUCGCCCAGCUCCGCCCCCGCUAAACCAGAGCUUUGUAAAGACUCCUCCUCCCCCGAGAGGAGAAACUCUGAAGCAUCACAAAGCCCCGGGGACCCGGCGGAGGACAGCAGCUCCUUCUCAGUCCGCCGCUCCAGACGUCUGGCCUCCUUCCCCAGCCGCUUCGCCAAGAGACUGCGGGCUGAGUGGGCGAGGGAGGGCGACAGGAAGGCGGAGCGGGAGGACGGACGGGCGGGCGCAAAGCUCUCACCAACACAGGCCGGAGGGGGGACCACGACAGAGACCCAGACGGAGAAGCCAGCGCAAGGCAACGCGACGGAGACGACCAAAACCUGUUGCCACAGCGAAAAGCGAGCCUGCCUGUGUCUGCCUCUGAACGCCAACAAGUCCACAGGAGAGUUCAGCAGUAAGAGCUUCGAGCAGACGCUGAGCGUGGACCUCUGUGGAACUGCAGGUCUGACCCCGCCCACCACGCCGCCCCACAAACCCGUGGAGGACGAACUCUUCAAGCCAGCAGAGGCAGCAAAAGCCGGUAAUGGCGACGGCGGCGAGGCAGGCGGCGAGUCCGUCCAAUCCUCUGUGAGCAACCAUGGCGGAGUCAAAGGCUCCUGGCUCAGCCGCGCUCACCAACGGAAGCUUCCAGAGCAAACGGAGCUCUACGCCCAGCUGCGCCGCAUGGGCCAGGCCGGCGACAGUGACACCUGUCGCAGUUUCGGCGACCACGACUACUGCGCUCUGAGCCUCGGAGAGAGCCGCAAGCGAAGCAUGGCCAUUCUGGGUGCCAUGCUACAGGUGGAACCCAAAGCGGGUGAGCAGGGACCAGCGGAGGCAAAGGGGAAAGACAGCGGCGAGAUGUCAGACGACAAAGAGCCUGAAGAGCAGCAGCAGACUGUGGUGACGACAUUGCCGCCGCCGCCACCCGAACACCUGUCCUCGGACGCCACGCCGCCGACCUCAGAGGAAGAGGCAGAGCCCUCAUCUGGGUCCCGCUCGCCCUCACCGACUCUCCAUCUGUGUCCCGACUCCCCUGCUAGCAAGACCGACUCUAGUGAAAACUCUGAGAUCUGCCCCGACGACGAGCAGCGAAGCAGAGCCAAAUCUGACGAGGAGAACUGUCAGGUGUUUUACAUCCACAACCUGCCCAGCAGCAUGACCCAGAACAUGUUGAGGAAGCGCUUUCAGGUCUUUGGCAAAGCGGAGGACUGCAAAGUCAUCAUCUGCAACGAGGAGCGCUGUGGGGUCAUAAAGAUACGCCAGUCCGGGAUUCAGAGACAUCGAAGGGAACGUGAGAAUGUUUUCCAGAGCGCGCCGGCGAGCCUGCGGAGACUGACGAGGAAGCGCUACAUCGACCUUGACGAAGCGGGUCCGGGUCCCAUCAAGAGCAAGUACGACGCACUGGACUUUGACACUCUGCUGAAGGAGGCCCAGAAGUCUCUGCAUCGCUGACAGUCCAGCCUUAGUAACACUGCAGUCAACAGGCUCCGCCCUCAAGACACGCCUACUGGAACCUCCGUGCAAGGCGACCUCGCAAAGAUGUUUACAUUUUUACCAUUGGAAUAACGCAAUGAGAAGAACCUUGAUUUGUUUUUUUUUUAACACCCGGAGGAUUCUGCUCAACGUGGAGGAGAGAUAAUGGCAGGAAUAGGACUUUCAAAUUCGAAUGCCACAAAGCUGCUUCCUGUCUGUGUUGGUGACAUCAGCGCCCAGCCGCGGGUGGGUGGGUCAGUGGGUUGGGCGAGCGGGCCUGAGAGACCUCUGUAGCAAAUCCUUGCUAAUGUCGCGUCCGUCGGUCCUCGUGGUGUGUUUCUCUGCGCGUGCGUGCGUUCUUUGUGUGUGUUCUCUGUUGAAUUUGUUUGGUGAAAAGAAAAUAGCGGAAAAAAAUAACUUCCCUUUUCCGGAUCGCGUUUGUGCGGUUGAGGCAAAACUGCAGUCGCCGUAAACGUGAGUGGUUGUGUAACCGCGUUUAAAAAAAACAAAACAAUAACAAUAACACAAAAAAAAAUACCCGCUUUGUUGGAUGUUUCAAUUUUUAGAAUCGUCGUGUGUGUGUGUGUGUUCCGGACAAAGAAUAUAACGUUCAGUGUCAUCGGUUGAUAAAGUUUACAAUUCUAAAAUGAAAAAGAAAAAAACUUUUUUUUUCUUUUUUGUAAUUGUAGUGCUCCCUUGAUUUGAUCUAUGCACUGUCAGGAGCUUUCCGCUUGCCUCCUCUUUAACACGCCCCCCCCACACUGACGCUUAUCUCUUACCCCGCUAUUUUGGAGGCGCCCCCUAUUGGCUGCUGCUUGUCAUGUUUGCAACAACAGAAAGACCCCGACUGGAAUGUGGGAACGCUUCACUUCCAAAACUAAGAGAAAUAAUGCAAUAGCCUGAAUAAGCAAUAAGCAUUGCUAGGAAAAAUGCAUAAUAUAAAAUACAAUAUAAAAUACUAAUAAAAUAAAAUAAAAAUAAAUCAAAAAUAAUAUCAGAAAGGCAGGAAGUGAACAAAUUAUUUCACUAACAGUUACUGAUUGUAAAAGUACCAGAUGGAAGGGUAGGAUUUCAUAAGCUUUGCUUCUUCCUACUCCUUUUGGACAUGUGGAAUUUAUGUGAUGCAUUCAAUUGUAACCUCAUGCAUGUUCAAAUAAAAUUAAACCAUUACCAUACAUUUUAAAAUACAGUUUUACACAUUAAGGAACAAUUAGAGGCAUAUUGUAUACAGUAUUAUACUGUGCUAAAGUGUUAAUGUGUUAAAGUACUGUUAAAGUACUAAGAGUUUUAGAGUGUUUCAUAGGCAGGGAUCAAGUCUAUGCUUAAAAAAACAGCAAAAAUAAGAUUGACCAAUGUUAGGUUCCAUUUGUAGGUGAAAGGAAAUCAAUAUUGGCGUGAUCCAUUCCCACUUCCAGGGCGGAGGGGGUUGCUCUCUGCUGUGGUCAUGUGACAGACGUCACUCGAGGCUGCAGCCUGGCCACACUCCGCCCAUGCAACAGUUAUUGUUUACAUUUGGACUGCAGCCUGCGGUGCUCUGAUGGGGAAAAGCAUUGACAGCCGUACGAGAGAGACCACGCCCCUCCCUGACCUGACCCCACCCCCUCAAAUGUGACUUCCUUUUGUCCUAUUGGAAUGUAUUUGUCAUUCUGAAUGUAAGCAGCGUCUUUCCCCAUCGGUGGCCCGCCCAAAGACCGACGAGCUUUGACACACGGCCAGUAAGGGGCGCCGUGACAAGGUGGGGAAGGGGCAUCCGAUACGAUAAUCCAGGCAAAAUAGCGAGAGGGGCGGGGCUUAGUGGGUACCGAGUCGGGAGGUGUCAGCUGAGUAUCUCUACCUCACAUCCAUACACCGAUGCUCUCGCAGUCGUCCUCGUGGUGAUGGACCCCGCCCCAUCCUCAAUUUGGGGGGACGGCGGGUGCAUGUCUCUGUCCUCCCCCUUAAGCGUGUCCUCUGUCUUGGCGUCCUCGUGUCUGUCUUGGUGUCUUCGUCUUUUUGUCGGACACUAAACGAGGAGGGGGUCGGGGGCUCCUCUCCUCGCCCAAUAGGACCUGUGCGGGUUGGAGGCCCCUCCCACUUGUCUAUCUAAUCAACACACACACACAUUGAAUGUUUACAUCACUCUCCUUUGACUUUAUUAGGAACGCACACUAAGUACAAACGCGCCUUAUUCAGUGUUUCCAAAAUGCGUAGGAAAGAAGGAAAGAAAGGCCAAAAAGCUAUUUAGUGCUAUACAUACUGACGGGACGAGCGAAACUAACUGAAUGCCUGUUUGUGCUUAGUAUGUAUACUACUAAACGCUGGUUUACAUAUUCCAAACAAAUAUAUAACAUGUACAUAGCACUAUGCCUCCUUGUAAGCUAUAUCGUGUCUUUUGUUUCGUACGCGGUGGCAGGUGGGUGGGCGGACGCCAAGGGAACGUGAAAAACGGCUUCACGCAAGAAUCCCGUUAAAAACAAGGAAAGUCCAUCGGGUUCCCGAACUUGAGAGACAUAUAAAUCGUACCCAAACACCACACCGACUCAAGUCCGUCAUAGGCAAUAGUCAAUGGCAAAGAACAUUCAUUUCUUAUAUUCAUUCAUUCAUUUUCUACCGCUUUUCCUCACGAGGGUCGCAGGGGGUGCUGGAGCCUAUCCCAGCUGUCUUUGGGCGAGAGGCGGGGUACACCCUGGACUGGUGGCCAGCCAAUCACAGGGCACAUAUAGACAAACAACCAUUCACACUCACAUUCAUACCUAUGGACAAUUUGGAGUCGCUAAUUAACCUAGCAUGUUUUUGGAAUGUGGGAGGAAACCGGAGUACCCGGAGAAAACCCACGCAUGCACGGGGAGAACAUGCAAACUCCACACAGAGGGUGGAAUUGAACCCUGGUCUCCUAGCUGUGAGGUCUGCGCGCUAACAACUCGUCUGCCGUGCCGCCCAUUUAUUAUAUUCAUUUAUUAUAUUCAUUUACUUGCCGUUUGGGAAACCCUGCUUUUGGACCAUCACGCUACAAGGUUCAAUUCCUUUGCUCUCUCGGGGGAAUAUGUUUUUUAAUAUGUUUUUCCUUGUCUUUCUGUGUUCUUAAGAAGCAAUUUGAGAUGCAAUAUGUCAGGGGUGUCCAAAGUGUGGCCCAGGGGACAUUUUAGGCCCGUUUUUUCCCGGCCCUCAGCAUGGUGCAAAACUAAAAUGCUAUAAUAACAAAUGAGUACAUAUUGGUUUUAGCAUUUUACAUCCUGAGUCAUUUUAUUUUUUUUUGGGGGGGGGGGGGGUAAAGUUUGGACACCCCUGUGGUCUGUAAUAAUGAAAGCCGCUGUAGGCGCAAACAGGACGAAUGUGGUGCAGCGAACACGUGUACAAACAAAAUAACCACGUCAUCGUAGUGACACGGCGACCUCGACAGAUCCAAUGUAUCGCCACGAGUCGAUGUCGCCGUGACGCUAGCUAGCAAAGGAUUGCAGGAGGCAGGAGAAGCAAGUUGUGGCGCCGUUAGCCUUCACGCUGAAGAAAUCCCAGCCAUCUGAAAGGGGCGUGUCCGAAACCGGGAAGUACUUUUACUCUGAAGUAUCGCCAACGCACUUAUGAUCACAACUUGUGUGUUACAGCAUCACACCUGGCCAUCCGGCAGAAUGCAGCUUCUGGUCUUUAUAACCCUUAAGGUUGCUAUGGUAACUCCUAUACAACACUGGUGACAAUUUUUAGAGGAACUUGAUGUACUAAUUGAAACCAUGAGCACUUCAGUGGCAAACUUUGGCACCGUUUGAAAGCUAGCACUUAGCCCUUCCAUCGGUACAUACAUGUUUGGACACCCCCUGUAAAAUGUAAACAUCCUAUCCCACGUUAUUGAGAAUGUGUGCUGGGAUUUCUGCAGCGUCCCCCGCUAAGAUGGCGGACAUUCACCAUGGCAUUGUGUCAUCAUGGCAAGCCUUAAAAUCAACAGGAGGGACGACGCUGCUCUUUAGCUUUUACUCUUCAACAGCCCUCCAAUCCAACGUGGUUUAUUCCACAUAGCAAUUCUAACUUUUUUCAAUAGCCAUAUUAUAAAAGGUAUAUACAUAUAUAUAUGAAUAUAUAUAUAUAUUUGUGUGUUUGUGUAGAUAUCUAGAUGAUUAUAUACUUUCUUAUAGAAAACUUUGAUGUUGACCAUUUUCCUCAGUGUCACAUAUUUCAGUGUAAUAAUAACACUGUCCACUUGGGCGAGCUACUGGCACGCUUCAAGGCAAUGAGUCCAAAUAUUAAUGAUAACAAUAAUAAUAUAUAUAAUUAUACUAAUCACAGCUUCCAAAGGGAAAAGACCCUGGCCAGAAUGCAAUACUUUCCACUCCUCGUUUGGGGAAAAGUGGGAAAAGGCAAGAAAACCAGAAAAAAAAAAAACUUGACAGGCAAGUUGACCAAAAAUCAAAUCAAGAUGGCGGCUUUCUUGUUUUGUGUUGCCGCACCGUGGCCCGCUAAAACUUUGAUUUACGUUUUUGUACUAUUUUUCUCAUGGUUUGAAAAAAAUGUCACUAUGUCACAUUUCAGCAUUUGAACACACACACAAAAAACAAUUCAAAGAUGUCAAAGAGCACUUGGUAGGCAAAUAAGUGAGCGGAUAGAACAAAACACUUAAAAGGGCAAACGUUGUGUUUUUACAUCUAAUGACUAUCAAAACUCACGUGAUUCUUUUUUAACAUAGUUUUUGUUAAAACAAACGAGAAAAAUACUUGUAGUGAGAUUUUAUAUUUUUACAUUUGUUGGUUUUAUUUUUUAUUUAUGCGCCACUUAGUUUGGAUGUCUUUUAAGGUAUUUUUUUUCCUUUGGCUUUGUGUGAUUUCAUGUCUGGAGAAUGUGGAGACAAAAGGCAUUUCAGUAUUUUUGAAUUGUUCAAAUCUAGUUUCAUAGAAGCGGAAGUAAAUUAUAUUUUAAUUCAUGUAAAUAGUUUAAAACAGAAGACUAUGGCUUCCUUUUAAACUGAAUACAUUUCUCUUCAGAGAUUGUUUACAUUAUGAAACUGUAGAGAUGUGCUCCACAUAUACUGUAUAAAGUACAUACUAUAUUCAUUGAUUUGCCUCCAAAAAUAAAACCCUAAUGAACAGUCACUUCUCUAGCAUUUGAUUGAAUGUAUUAUUCGAUUCUUUCACACUUGAGUUAACUUUAUAUGGUCAGAAUUUGUAAAUUCUGUGCAAUCAACAUAGAGAUCCAAAAUUCCCAGUGUCACACAAUGCAUCACCGCAAGCCACGUGACAUCGCUCUCCUCCAAUUGGUCAGCGGUGGGCGAACAGAAAUGGGCGCCAGGUCGUAAACAGGAAGAAGUUGUGUCUUCGAGGACAUGUCUGAGAGCCAGAUGCCGUCACCAAGAGAGCCACAUUUGGAUCGUGAGCCAUAGGUUCCCUACCCCUGCCUGAUAAGGCAGGGCACAUCCCAGCAUGAGGAACAUGAGGCCAAUGGCCCCUCCAAAGGACAGUGUGAUGAGAGCUACAACAGACAGAUGCAAUCUGUGAGGUACACCUACAAUGGAGCUAUGACAAGUCAUCCUUUACAACGAUUGAGGGGUUUUCCCCGGGUACGCCAGCUUCCUCCCACAUCCCAAAAGAAUGCAUCGUAAACCUCAUCCCCUCUUGGCUACCACGUGAUUAACCAGCUGAUUAAACGUGUGACAAUACCCCAAACACUGCCAUAAUGACCCCCCUUUACGUAUGUAGUCCAUACUUAACAAUCCUGGAAAGCGUUACUUUACACUAGCACACAAGCAGCAUCCUAAUUGGCAAGUAAUCACUGAAGUUAAGCUUUUGCUAGCGUUAGCCUAUUAGCGAUAAUUACUAUUACCAAAAGGCUAUAUCAGACCUUCAAGUCAAACUGUUGUGCCCCGCACGUUGUAGUAGUUUCAUUAAUUGGCACAGAACAAAAGACAAGGUAAAUGGAAUAUUUUGAGCUAAUGAUAACGACUAUGAAGCGACUAGCACUUUUCCACGCUAUACGGUUAGCUAGCUAAAAAUGGCAAAGACGUCCAUAAGCUUCAACACGUUAACGUGAUGUCCUGGUUAACUUUGGGUAUUUAUUCUAUUUCUCUGAUGAUAAGCAUCCACUGCCGCACCUUUAAUCCCAGCCAUUUCCCCUGAACAAAGGGUCGACACAACAGCCGGCCAGAUGACAACAGCUCCCCUCUUCCUCAGCGGACUGCGACUGAAAAUCAGUGGUGGUUAGCGAGAUGCUUUCACUGACUCGGCCCAAAGUCGGAAAAAUCAAACCUUCAUCAGACGGUUCUUCAUAUAAUAUUAAUACCAGUCGUAUCGAUUGUGUUUUAAGUAUGAUUUACACAUACAAUUAGGUAUGAACU